AUGCAAGGUAGCGGCUUCCAAACUCCUCUGGAAUCCCCCCCUUCCUCUUCCCUGCUUUUCCUCUCGGAAAGCGCCUGCGGAGCUGCUAUGGGGGAAGCCCCAUCGUGGAGCUCCCCGAAACUGGGGUCCCUAACGUUGGGCUCUCCGCCUGAUCCCCCGUCCGUCGCGGCCGCCACCUCCGCCCCGGCGGCCGCCGGCAGCACGAUCCCCUCCCCGCUGCCCGUCCCGGGGCUACGGCGCACCCGGCUGCCCGGCUCCCGCGGCGCCCCCAGCCCGCGCUCCCCGCGCCGCCCCCGCGCUCGUACCUGCUCUCGGGGCGCCCGAGGGGGCAGUGGGGGCAGUGGCCGCCGCCAAGAGCCGCCGCGCCCCGGGAGCCAGGCGCCCGGCGGCGAGCGGCAUCGCCCGCUCACGCCUCAGCAGGAGCCCAGCGGGGCGCCGCCGUCCCGUCCCGGCCCAGCCGGGCCCGUCCCGGCCGCGGCUGUGCGGGAAGUUGGGCCGGGCGGGGGCCGAGAGCGGCGGCGCUGCGGGAGCGCGGGGCUGUCCCCCCUGUCCCGGUCCCCGUCCCCCCUUCCCUUCGUGGCUCUCGCAGCCGGCUCUGCUCCCGGCUCGGCUGCUCUUCGCGGGAGCGCUCUGACAGCACUUGCAGGACAGCGCGGGCACUCGGAGCCGGGAAGGGGAAUAAGAAGGGACCAUAUUCACACACACCUGGCCCACACUGGCACCACACAGGGGCACAAAGAGGCUCCUGUAACCUCCCUUCAUCACAUCUCACCUGAGCAACCCAGCACAGUACUGCCAGCUCUCACAGGGCUUGCUCCAACACACAGCAAAAAUGAAGGCACAACAGGAAGACACUGUUUCAAUAUCAAGAUAUUGAAGCUUCAGCUGGAGUUCCACUUAUGUUCAUACAAAGAUUCAAGAGAAUGUCCUAGAGAGAGCAAAGCGGUUCCCAUAAUGAAUCUGCUGUGGACCCUACUGCUGAUUCAGAAAGCUUUCCAAAUUCUGAAGCCUGCUGAAAUUUUCCUCGACUGCUUAAACCAGAAGGUGCAGUUCCAGCUGAGAUAUCUAAAGAGCAAAUUUCUUGAUCCAGUUUCAGCUCACUUUCUUCCUUUGGAGCAAGAAGGCACUUGCUUCCUUUGGAGCCUCUGCCAAACUACACUACCGUGGCCAAGGAGUUUCAAUUUCAUCCAUCACAUUCCCAAAGUUCACUGACAAAA